UCGUGAGCUUGUCGCUUUAAGGGGCAACCCUUCUGCAUUGGUUAUUAUUAUCAUCUGACUGACAUAACGGUAGGCCACCCUACGCAUAGCUGGAAACUGGGAAACCAUCGUUGUGUCUUUUCGCCACACACAGACACCCGUUUCGAAAACGUUACAGUUACAUAGGCCUACUAUCACGAGUGGUGACUACGUUUUCCGUCGACGUUGAUGUCGCUUCUUCCUCGGUAGAGAGUCGUUAUUUUUAUUAUAUUGAAUCGAGAGCUCAUCYGGAAGACAAAAUGGCAGAGAUGGGGAUGGGGAAGGGGGUUACUGCGGGGAAACUUGCCAGUAACGUGCAGAAAAAAUUAACACGGGCCCAAGAGAAGGUAAUGCAGAAGCUGGGUAAAGCAGAUGAAACCAGAGAUGUUGCAUUUGAGGAGGGGGUGAUCAACUUCAACAAACAAUAUACAGAGGGAUCCAAACUGCAAAAAGACCUCAGAGCAUACCUGACUGCAGUACAAAGACACAGAUGUUCUGUGGACCGACCUCCAUCAGAAGCUGGUGGAUAACGCUUUGAUAUCUAUGGACACAUAUCUUGGACAGUUCCCUGAUAUUAAGUCUCGUAUUGCUAAGCGUGACAGGAAGCUUGUGGACUACGACAGCGCCAGACACAACCACUCUUCUACCAAUAAGGGGAAGAAAGGAAAGGACGGGGGCAUCAAGAUCACCAAGCCAGCAUCUCUGUUGGAAAGGGCCACACCAGUUUGGGCUCAGGGCAUCCUGUCAGCCCACAACAUUGCUCAGAGUAACCUCUCCAGGAACCAG